AUGCGGGUAAAUUCUGCUUCAUACGAUUUCGUAGCUUCAGAUAGAUCUAUUUCAGGCAUGUUAUUCCCUACAGUUCAAUUUAAGCUUUCUGAUAUUGGAGAAGGGAUAGCGGAGGUGCAAAUAAAGGAGUGGCACGUCAAAGAAGGCGAUACUGUUUCACAAUUCGAUAACUUAUGUGAAGUUCAAAGUGAUAAGGCAGCAGUUACAAUAACAAGCAGAUAUGACGGCGUUGUCAAGAAACUACAUUACAAGGUUGAUGAUGUUGCCCGAGUAGGUCAACCGUUAUUAGAAAUUGAAGUGGACGAUACUAGUGUUGCUGAAGAAUCCUCUCAGGAACCUAAGAAAGAACAUCUCGAAGAAGCUCCUGCUCCAGCGCUCCCUCCUAAACCACCCGCUGAUUCCAGCAAAUCCAUUAUCCAGUUUAAACUUUUUGAUAUUGGUGAAGGGAUUGCAGAAGUUCAGAUAAAAGAAUGGCGAGUUUUCAAUGCUUUUGACAACUUGUGCGAAGUCCAAAGUGAUAAAGCGGCAGUAACCAUAACUAGUCGCUUUGAUGGCAUCGUAUCAAAACGUGAGUGGUUGUUGAAAUCACGUCUUUUUAGACAUUAUAACGUCAAUGAAGUAGUGCGAGUAGGGCAGCCGUUGAUAGAUUUCGAAGUUGAAGGAGGGGUUAAAGAAGCAGAAGCUGGUAAAGAUGGGAAAGAGGCACCCACUCCAGUCAAAGCUGAAGCCCCUUCGGUCGCUACGCCUCAGGCAGCAUCGGUCUCUGAUAGUUCAGAACAUGCUCUACUUGGAAAAGUUCUGGCCACUCCAGCAGUCCGAAGAAUUGCUAUGGAGAACAAGGUCGAUCUGAAACAAGUCAAAGGUAGCGGAAGAGAUGGAAGAGUGUUGAAAGAAGACGUCUUGAAGUUUCUUGGUAAAGUUGAACAAGACUAUACUUCUGGUUCAACAAAUAUUCGGUAUUCACCUGCGAUUGGAACUCAAGCCAAAACGUUUUCUCCUCUAUCUGAGGACCGCGUUGUUCCUAUACGUGGGUACACACGCGCCAUGAUCAAGACAAUGACAGAAGCGCUCAAAAUCCCUCAUUUCGGAUACGAUGAUGAGGUUCGUGCGGAUGCACUAAUUGCCGUUCGUAACGAGCUGAAAGAACUCGCAAAGGAACGGAAUGUAAAACUUAGCUACAUGCCAUUUUUCAUCAAGGCAAGCUUUUUGAUUCGACCACAUAGCCAAAACUUACCGUUUCUUGCGGUCUCACUGGCACUUUUGGAGUAUCCAUCAUUAAAUGCAUCCGUUGAUGACAAACUUGAAAACGUGAUUUACAAAGCUUCUCACAAUAUCUGCCUCGCUAUGGAUACUCCUGGUGGACUUGUUGUGCCUAACAUCAAAAACUGCGAACAAAGGUCCAUAUUAGAAAUUGCUGCCGAACUCCAGCGGCUUCAAGAAGACGGCAAGCGGGAGCGAAUUGCUCGUGAUGAUUUGACUGGUGGAACAUUCACUCUUAGUAACAUAGGAACGAUUGGUGGAACGUAUGUCAGUCCAGUCAUUUUCCCUCCUCAAGUGGCAAUUGGAGCUUUGGGAAAAGUCGAGAAGUUGCCUCGAUACGAUCACAACGACAACUUAGUUCCGAUGAACAUGUUCAAAGUAUCAUGGUGUGCUGACCACCGUGUUGUCGACGGCGCGACAAUGGCUCGCUUUAGCAAUAGGUGGAAGUUCUACGUGGAACACCCGUCGGCCAUGCUUGCUCAAUUGAAAUGA